AUGGCUGCUCUCCUCUCGACACACUCAGGUCCCCCCCACAGUGGAAAGACGGCGCUGGCAGCUAAGAUUGCGGAGGAUUCUCAGUUCCCCUUCAUUAAGAUGUGCUCUCCAGACAAGAUGAUUGGACACUCAGAGAUCUCCAAGUGCCAGGCCAUCAAAAAGGUGUUUGACGAUGCUUAUAAGUCCCAGCUCAGCUGUGUGGUGGUGGACGAUAUCGAGCGUCUGCUGGACUACGUCCCCAUCGGUCCUCGUUUCUCCAACUUGGUCCUUCAGGCUCUGCUGGUGCUGCUGAAGAAAGCUCCGCCCAAGGGUCGGAAACUGCUCAUCAUCGGCACCACCAGCAGGAAGGACGUGCUGCAGGAGAUGGAGAUGUUGGACGCCUUCAGCACCACCAUCCACAUCCCCAACAUCUCCACCGGGGAGCAGCUGGUCGACGCUCUGGAG